GACUCGCUGCUGUCACAGAAAAAGCAAAACACAAUCAGCGAUCAGUGAAGAUCAACAAGGAAAAAAAUUUCAAGGAUUUAAAACAUUUGUUUCAUAACAGACAGAUCUUUGUGAUUCUUGUGGUCAAUAAUUUUUUAAACCUUGAUUCAGAAAGUGAAAGUAAAGUUCAGAUUUCUGAAGGACAAACAGUGAAAAUGGCUUCACCAGCUGAAUAUGAUUAUAUUUGUCCCGUGUGUCAUGAAAUCUUCAAGGAUCCUGUCGUUUUAUCUUGUAGUCACAGUUUCUGUAAAGAGUGUCUUCAACAGUUCUGGAGAACCAAGAAAACUCAGGAGUGUCCUGUUUGCAGGAGAUUGUCAAGACACGAGCCUCCAGUUAGUCUUGCACUGAAAAACUUGUGUGAGUCGUUCCUGAAGGAGAGAAAUGAGAGUCGUUCAUCAGGAUCUGAGGAGCUCUGCAGUUUACACAGUGAGAAACUCAAACUCUUCUGUCUGGAGAACAAACAGUCUGUGUGUUUAGUGUGCAGAGAUUCACAACAACAUGAAAAUCACACAUUCAGACCCAUCAGUGAAGUUGUUCCAUCAUACAAGGAGGAGUUCAAUACAGCACUGAAGUCCUUACAAGAGAAACUGAAAAACAAGAAAAGCAUUAAAGGAGUGUUUGAGAAAACAGUUCAACACAUAAAGUCUCAAGCUGAGCACACAGAGCGUCAGAUUAAACAGCAGUUUGAGAAGCUUCAUCAGUUUCUCAGAGAUGAAGAAGAAGCUACAAUCACUGCACUGAGGGAGGAAGAGGAGCAGAAGAAGCAGAUGAUGAAGGAGAAGCUGGAAGAGAUAAACAGACAUAUCUCAGCUCUUUCACACACAAUCAAAGACAUGGAGGAGAUGAUGAAAGACAAUGACGUCUGCUUUCUGAAGAAGUUUCCAGUCUCAAUGGAAAGAGUCCAGAUCUCACAGCCGGAUCCACAGAUGCCUUCUGGAGCUUUGAUUCAUGUGUCACGUUACUUGGGCAACCUGCAGUUCAGAGUCUGGAAGAAGAUGCAGGACAUCAUCCAAAACAGUGACUCCUGUGAUCUGGAUCCAAACACUGCAAAUUCACAUCUAGUGCUGUCUCAUGAUCUGACCAGUGUAAGAUGGAGAGAGAACAAACAACCUCUUCCUGAUAAUCCAGAGAGAUUUGACUGUUAUCUCUGUGUUCUGGGUUCAGAGGGUUUUAACUCAGGAACACACUGCUGGGAUGUGGAGGUUAAAGAGAGUCGAUUCUGGAGACUUGGAGUAACUACAGCAUCAAACCAGAGGAAGGGAUGUGAUUUCUGUAACACUGAUGUCUGGAGUGUGUGGUAUAAGUCAUCUAUCCUUAUCCCAGUAUUCCAGCCCCACACUUGUUUUUGUGUUAAACAGGAUCUUGAUCGUGUGAGAGUGUAUCUGGACUAUGACAGAGGAACAGUGUCAUUCUCUGAUCCUGUAACUAACAAACAUCUAAACACAUUCACAACCACCUUCACUGACACACUCUUUCCAUUAUUCAGUUGUGGUUUUUCUUCCUCUUUGAGGGUCUUACCGGUCAAUAGUCAAUAAUUGUUACUCCUGUAGGUCUGGAUCAACCUGUUUUCAUCUUUUACACUCAUCAUGUUUCCAAUAUUUGUAUUUAUGUGUAAAACUUCUCAGAAAUGCUCUAAAGGAAUAGUUUACCCAAAAAGGAAACCAAUAAAAAAUAUCACUUAGCUCCUAUGAUCAUAUGAGGAAGAACACAUGGGAAGCAACAUAUUGUAAUGCAUAAUUGAAUGCACAUAUUUUAAAAACUUCCACAUCUGAAUUCUCAGUUGCAUAUAGAUAUCUUGAUUUGAGGUUAAACAAAGAAAUACAAGUUUUCCAUUCGCCCUUUGGCUUUUCCAUAUGAAGCCCCAUCAGUCUGAGACAGAAACAGAAUAAACAAACAAACAAGCAAACAAACAAACAAAGGCAUUUAGAAACUAACAGAUUAGUUAUUCUCAACAGGUGGAUCACAAGUCUGUCCUGAUGGGUCACAGACAGCAAUGUAAUGACUGAGACAAAUCAGACACAAUUAUUUGUUAGUUAACCAAUAGUUUUAAGCUCACUCUGGGGUCUGUCCCCAUCCCCGAGAAGUUCUCAGUUACAAGUUUUAUGGAGAGCAGAGAAGAGACACAAAAAUGCAUUAUAACCAUGAUAACCUGCAUUAUCCACACAUAACACAGACUCUCUUGCAUUAAUGUAUAGACAGACUGUUCUAUAAAUGAACAUGCACAAUCCCAGGAAAUGAAAUAUUAUCCAUUAUUACCAUUGCUGUAUUACAAUCAAUGUAUUCACGUAUGUAUGUGUAUGUUUUAUGAUACAUUUAAGGUAACUUCAAUCAUGCCAUGUUUAGUGUCUAUGGGUUCGUAUCGAAAAGAUUUAAAUGCUUGUGUAUGCGGUAUGUCCAUACCUGUGUAACACAUCAGUAUUACAAGAAUCUUUAAUAGUUCUUAUUCAAAAACUCAGCUUGUUAAUCUUUCUUGGUCAUUUAAAUACCCCAAAGUGAUCAGAAACUACACCCUCUUACAACACUCACCAGGAAGAGACUGACUUAUUUUUCUUUUCUGUCACAUUGACUCACUUCUCUCAUGGAAAAACAGAAUCAGCGAUCAAUGAAGAUUUAAAGGAUUUUUGUUUCAUAACAGACAGGAGAUCUUUGUGAUUCUCCUGGUUACUAAUUUUUGAAACCUUUAUUUUUAUACCUUGAUUCAGAAAGUGAAAGUAAAAUUGUGAUUGCUGGAGCUUAAACAGUGAAAAUGGCUUCACUAUCCGAAGAAGAUUUUUCUUGUCCCGUGUGUCAUAAAAUCUUCAAGAAUCCUGUUCUUCUGUCAUGUAGUCACAGUUUCUGUAAAGAGUGUCUUCAAAAGUUCUGGAGAACCAAGAAAACUCAGGAGUGUCCUGUCUGCAGGAGAAGAUCCUCAAAACCUGAUCCUCCACUUAAUCUUGCAUUGAAAAACUUGUGUGAAUCUUUCCUGAAGGAGAGAAAUGAGAGUCAUUCAUCAGGAUCUGAGGAGAUCUGCAGUUUACACAGUGAGAAACUCAAACUCUUCUGUCUGGAGGACAAACAGCCUGCGUGUGUCAUGUGCUUUACUU